AUGAGGAGGAAAAAAGGUCAGUUUAUUUCUAAGAGUAACGCAAAUCGAACCUCAAUAAUAAACAACGUGAAUGUGGAGAAGAAAACAUGCAUUUCUGUUCCCGAAACCGUCCCGCCUUGGCUAGAAGGUCGCAGAGUCGUAGAAAUCGGUGUAAUUUUGGAAAGAUUAAGCUCCUGUAGUUCUUGUGGAAACAGUUUUUGCAUCAAUGGCAUUGUAGGGGAAACUAUAUAUGGCCUUGGAUCUAUCCUUCAUAUCAGCUGCAACACCUGUAGGAUGGUUAAUCUGGUGCCUACGGGAAAACGGCAUUCCACGAGUGACGGCUCCGCAGCUAGAAGAUGUUUUGAUGUCAACACUAAAUUAGCUGCAGCGAUGAUCAACGCAGGUGUAGGAGAGUCUCAGAUCAGUGCGAUAUUUGCUGAACUCAAUCUGCCUGGAAUCAGUAAGACCGCACUGAAGGCCCGCGAGCGAGAGAUCGGACCAUCUAUUGAAAGUGUGGCCGAAAUCUCGUGCACCACCGCUAUUCAACAGGAGAUGAAGUUGCUUCAAGAAGUUAACAACAUGUAAAAUAUUAUUUCAACACGCUUUUACCUGUGCAUAAUUAAAUAUCUAAGGAUGAGUUACUACUGUUGAUAAAAUAUAGAUGAUGUUGGUGAUAGUGAUUAUGCUAACGAUGAUGAUCAUUCAGUCGGCCAAACGCGUA